UGAAAAGCAGCAUUUCAUGUACACAUAAUCAUGCACUCCAUAAGUGCAAGGUACAUUCUCCGGGCCUAGCAGUUAUUGAGGGCGACUGCGAACCAGCGAUGGGAUUUGUGGGACAGGUGAUGGGAGUCGGUGGCCCCUGCGAGCUUUACCGCGGCCUAUCCAUAUCUAUUCACCGGUGGUGCAAUCACCGCCCACCAGAUGCGGACACUAGAACUUUCCGCGAACAGCGGAGCACUCCGUCUCGUCUCGGUUGGUGCGACCGGAGCCGAGCUUCGCAUGCUCGACACUUCCUUUACCAUAUCCGUGAAUGGCAACGAGUGCGCUCCGCGGGUGGACGGAGCUGCUCACUGCGCGAGACAAAGAUGCCGUGGCACGUUUCGAAGAUACCAUUGCCUCAAGGGUCCCAAGCGGAGUGAAGAUUUUGAGUCUGCCACCAAGUGCCACAAAUGGACGAGUCGAAGCCCGCCACCCGGUAUAAGAAACAGAAGAGUUCAUGGAGCCUUAAUGUUGGAUUGCAACUUACGGACACCUAUUGCGCUUUCACGCCACUUUGAUGCCUUUAUUUCUCGAGUCUUGAUUUGCUCGAUCAUAGGAGAUGCUUGCAUGAUAAAGUUCCUUGAUCUCCGAUUACUAAAGAGGGUGCAAGUUGAAAGACUACAGCUGCUUCUAAGGCACAUCGUAUUCUUUCCUCUCGGAAAGGUUGCAAGGAUUUUUAAUGUUUGAAGAGUCAGAGGAAUGCCUCCGGAAUUUUCAGUCUUCUUGGAAUAUUCAGGUCGGUAAUAUAUGAGAUGAAAGGUGUUUUGGCCUGCGUGAAUGAGGUUGUUGGUGAUUGCCGCAGAGAUACGAGAUUGUAAUUUCAUGUCUCUGUUAAGUUGGAGAAAUUACGUCCUGUUAAAACUCUGUCCUGUUAGAAUGACCCCGGUGCUCGCGGUGCGGGUUCAGAGUAGCUGACAUUAUGUUGCAUUUCCGCUAGCUCUCUUCAUUGUGCGGAGUGUUUUAGAUUUGUGAGAUCUGACAUGUAUGGCCGUAAACAGUCAAUUCAUGGGGAAGUCUGUCGCGGAACUCUCUCAAGUUUUGCGACAAUCACCUAACCUCCAAAGUUGGCUUCUUCACUUGCCAGAGCAUCGCUGUUUGUCCUAUCGAUAGACCGAACAUGGUUUUGAAGUUCAGUGAUGAUCACAGCCUAUUUUUUUCCCAGGUGCUUUUGGAUGCAAACUCUGUCUGGAAGUUUUCUGACUGUUCAAAGGAAAAAGUCUCUCUUAAAGGCUUGUAUCUCGUCUCGUGAAAAGUCUCACUUGUGGGAUGAUGAUUGCUCAUGCUUUCCUUGCCCACUUGUCUUUA